AGAACCUCUUGGACAUUCAGACACAUGGGCUCAAAGCCCACGCGUGGACUGGCCCCCGCCCCUCCUCUUCUCUCCUGUCUAGCGCCACCUGCCCCACUUCUCCUGGGCUGUUUGCGGGGCUCGGGCGUCGGCCCUCCACACCUUUAACAGGGCCCCCCCAGCCCGACCUGCACCAGCACCUGGGCGUGAGCACCAGCCCAGCCCUGAGCGCGGCCUCGCCGGCAGCCCAGGCCCAGCCCCUGCCCCGGCCCCAGCAUGGCGAAGAACUUUCCGGACAUCCAGCAGCUGGACUCUGAGGAGAACGACCACCAGCUCCGUGCGGGUGAAGGGUCAGGCGCUCGGAGGCACAGUCCCAGGAGAGAGGGUGCAUUUUGGAAAAGGACGCCUCCGCCCCAGCCCGUUCUGCUGCAGAGGCUCUACCCCAGGCUCUGGCUCAACCUGCUGGUCCUGGGCUUCAACGUCCUGUUGCUGGUGGCCAUCUGUGUGAUCGGGUCCCAAAGAACACAGAUACAAGUGGAGUUUUGGACCCUAAAAGAAGGUUUCAGCAACUUCUCCUCCAGCACCCUGGCAGAGCUCCAGACUCUGAGGUUCCACGGAAGCAGCACAGGUGACACAGUGACAUCUCUGGAAGCCAAGCUGGAGAAACAGUGGCAGGACCUGAAAGCAGACCAUGACACCUUGCACUUUCACCUGAAACACUUCCCCUUUGAUCUGCGCAUCCUGGCUUGUCGGGUGGCGUUCCUGCGAAGCAACGGCACAGAAUGCUGCCCUGUUAACUGGCUGGAGCAUGGCGGCAGCUGCUACUGGUUCUCUCGCUCUGGACUGACCUGGCCCGAGGCUGAGAAGUUCUGCCAGCUGGAGAACGCGCACCUGGUCGUCAUCAACUCCAGAGAGGAGCAGAAAUUCAUUUUAGAGCACACGCGCCCCUUUCACACCUGGAUAGGUCUGACUGAAAUCGAUGGGUCCUGGAAAUGGGUGGAUGGCACGGACUAUAGGUAUAGCUACAGGAACUGGGAUGCCACCCAGCCGGAUAACUGGCAGGGGCACGAGGAGGGUGGAAGCGAAGACUGUGCUGAGAUCCAAAUGAAUGGCCACUGGAACGACAAUUUCUGCCAGCAGGUGCUACGCUGGACGUGUGAGAUGAGACGCAACAUUACCAGCUAGGAGCCCUGAUCUCUAGCUGCACCUGCCCCUAUGCUCUGCCCAGCGCCUCUGCUGGGGAUUUUGAAGAUAGUCAGAGGCAUGGGGGGCGGGGAGUAGAGGGAAGACAGAAGGGAAUAAUUUAAGAAUCCCAGACCCCAGAGAGGCAGAUACUGCCUCCGUCUGCUGCUCACUGUGAUUACUGUAAUUUUCAGCCUCCUCCAUGGAAUAGGAGAAGAAACAAAUACUUGAAACUC